UGGAACCAGAGCUGGCGAAUAGGCUAACUAGCAUUAGAGCCGCUAGCAUCAUUAUCAUCCUGUACCUGUUGUUAGCUCUGUCUGCAAAACCUUCUAGCUUACUAAAUGCACUACACUUAGCUGGGUUGCUAACUGUGCUGCGUCCUAGUCGUUAUUUAUUCGCAUUCAUUUAUAUAUUUAUAGAUAUAGAGCGAUAGAUAGUGUGUUUUUUGUUUAAAAUUUAUGCUGCUAUCUUUUUAUCGGGUUCUUGUGUACCAGCACGCGAACACCAAUCAUUACAUGGGUACGUCUAGAAAGUGAGCCAGUGAUCGCCGAUGAACACCCUCCAUCACCAGAUCGCGUCCUUUACAAAAUGGUGAUCGGAGUGAUCUAGUGGGUCCUGGUGGGAAUGUCGGAUCUGGUCACUGCUCAGGAAGCUCAGCUCUCUGCAUGGUGCUUGUCGCUGAAUAACGCGAAUGGUUUAGGAGACGUGAAGACGUGAUGCCUCCUGUUUAUUCUUUCAAACUUUAGUUCAUAGACAGCGUUCAGAUGUAUGAUCAGUUAUUAAAUGUAGACCUCUGCCCAGGAUGUGCAUACCCAGGGACGGUGGUGAGAUCACAACCCUCACUCAUCCACCUUGGGCAGGCUUCAUCCCAUUUUCUUCCUAAAAUACCUUUCAUCCCUUCGAAAAUGGCUGACAAAAGGGAGCCUCCGUUUUUUAACGAUGAUAACCUAGGAGUUGUGAACUACAAAUUACCCUUCUAUGAGACCAUGGAGCUGUUCAUAGAGACUCUGGCAGGAACCUGCUUCCAGCUGCGGGUCUCCCCUUUUGAGACAAUUGUUUCUGUUAAAGCCAAGAUUCAGAGACUGGAAGGUAUUCCUGUUGCUCAGCAGCAUUUAAUCUGGAACAGCUUGGAACUUGAUGAUGAGUAUUGUUUGAAUGACUACAGCAUUGCAGAAGGUUGCACUCUCAAGCUGGUCCUUGCUAUGAGGGGUGGGCCUAUCAACACCAAACGAGUGACAAUUGAGAGUUCAGUAAAGGAUACCUCUGACUGCUUGGAUUCAAAGAGGGAUGAGGUGUGGGAAAAGUCUCUGUCUAAUAAACAAGUCACUUUUCUGGUGUACAAAGAGGGUGACCAGCUCAACGUCUUCCGGGUUGUGGACCGUGGAGACGGAAAUCUGACUCCUGUGUCAAAGUCUCUAAGUAAUGGUUCAAUGCACAACGUGUACACUGAAGAGGAGGAGAAGGGCAUUAGCGUUUCUUCUGCGCAACUAACGCUGGAGAACUCCAUCACUAUGAACAAGAUGAAGCAACUUAAAGCCAAGAUGGAGAAUAUGAACCUCAAUAAAAAGCCCAAGAAGUCUACCAAGUUGAGAGUGAGGCCUCCUGGUGGUCCACGCCCUUUCUGUGGCUCACUUGGCUCUGCUCGCAAUCACAGAAUGCUCCGUAUCCUUCCUCAGAUUGGCCAUGCCCCUGCAACACAGCUACCUCCAAUUGGUGAUCAGCAACAGUCUUCCUCUGAAGCUGGUCCACCUUUCACCUUUCACCCAAGUCCUUCCUCUGGUAGAGCCAUUUCUUCACUGACAACUUCUAGCAAGUACAUGCUACAGGAGGAGGAUCCAUGGAAUAAGCCCGUCCCCAGGAUCAUCACACUACCUCCUAAAGUCUCGAGACUGGACGUGGGUGGGCCGAAGGCUUUAACAGACUGUUUGUUUCCACCACUCUCUGUUCUGUCUGGUCUGGAAACUGAAGACGAGACAGAGGUAAAGAGUGACGGACUAAUACUACCAGAAGAAGCAGUUAUGAUGGAACGUUCCAAAUCCAUUCUGUUUAAUAGCUUGCAGCCAGAGCCGCUGAGUCUGGAUGUUUCUGCUCAGCCGGAUGCAAGUCUAGACUCUUUAGGAGCUGUGAACGAACCCAUGACUGCGACUCCACUUCUCUCCCGAGUUGUGGGCUCGGAAUCCAUUAGCUCAUGGUCAGUAGGCACGAAGACGCUACAGUCGCAAUCUGACAGAGCUGCACUGAACUUACGACACACUCCUCCACAUGUGCCUCAACCUUUUACAGAUUUUAGCGGGGAGGUGUCUCGCCCAUUUCUCGGUUCUAACCGAGGGCCUACAUUUACUCCAUGCUCGACUCCACAGACCCCUCCUGUCCAUGUCAUCAGAGUGGACUCACCUGGCAAACGGCCUGACAGGGUAUACAAGAGCGAGGCACAAGACGUCGCCAACAUGGCCAGCAACACUUCUAGAGAGCUGUCAGGCUGUGUGGGUAACAGCGAUGAAAAACUAGCAAGGCCAUGUGAUCUGGCCAGAUUGUGUGGUGCAAAUGUCCCCUUGCAAACCAACAUCCAUCUGCUACAGGAGAAUGUGCUACAGCGAAUAGUUCCCCUGCACAGAGCAGCAUACACAUCAUCAGGCAUCCUGGACUCGUCAAGUGGACCGUCCACUUUAAUAAAGAGAAUAGGCUCGCCGACAUAUCACCUCCCUCCUGUAAAAGCCCCUCAAAGCUCAAAGAAGAAGACUUCAAAACACUGCUUCCUAUGCGGAAAGAAAACCGGGCUAGCCACCAGCUAUGAAUGCAGGUGUGGCAACAACUUCUGCUCCACGCACCGCUAUGCAGAGGCCCACAACUGCACUUACGACUACAAAAGUGCAGGACGCCGCUUCCUACAGAAGUCCAAUCCCAUCAUCAAUGCACCAAAGCUGCCCAAAAUAUGACGGCACUAAAUAAGAGAGAAGAUGAUAUGCAAACGAAAGCAUGAUGUAAAAGAACAAGAACUAAACCAGCAGUGUGCUUUUAUCACAGUAAUUGCUUAAAUGGCAAGCAUUUUCUUUCUUUUUUUGUUUUUUAAUUCUUUGCAACAAUGUGAAUUAGUUUCUUCUUUUUUUUCUAACUUUUCUUUGUGUACAAAUAUAGGACGGAAAAAAAAAAUGUAACCUGGCGUGGAAAAAUCACUACAAAUCGUAUGUCUAGAAAUAUGAUAUAUUUCUGUUUCUUAAAAUGUAAAUGGCUUCAUGAGACAAGUCUUUUUGCAAGAUGCACUUUAGGUAUAAUUACUUCACUCUUUUUUUUUUUUUUAUUAUUUUUUUUUUUUCCCCUUUCCUUUAAUCAUUUUUUUAAUUGGUCCUUUAUAAGCCUACAGCAUUCCACACCAGGUACUGCAAAUACAUAAUAUAGAAGAUACAUUUAUCAUGGGUUUCACUUUGAACAGAAGUAUUUUUGGGAGCUGUAAAACUACUAUGCAGUAUGGCAACGUAGCAUAUUAAUAAUUUCGUGAAGGGCUUGGUUGGGCUGACAUUGACACAAAGCAGAGUAGCCAUCAUGAAGUUUUUUUUGUUUUGUUUUGUUUUUUUAAUUGCGCACUACAAUGAACAGUUGUUAAUAUGUUCAGUAUUUAUUUGGAAAUUAAACUAAUAAACUGAAAUAUAAAUAAGAUAAAAUA